UUCUCUCGUGACAAUCUAGACAGAAAGGAAAAGCCCCUGUGAGUUCCAGCUGAAUUAGAAGACGUUGUGAUGACAGACUGCUGUCGUAUUAGUGCCAAAGGACUAACCCCGAGGAGCGAAAUGGAGUGAAGUUAAGUAUAGCCAGGGAGAGUCGGACCAUUCCUGUCUUUUUAAAGUGGGCAUUUGCGAAAUAUUUAGAUUUGUUGCGUCAAGGAGGACAAAGUUGGCGCAUGGAGAGGGACGAAGUUUAUUUUUUGCGCAUCGUCUUAACCUUUGUUUUUGUCGCCACUGCGUGUCUACCAACGUCACACGGCUUUCCGGACAACCGACGCCAAGUAACCGGAGUUCAGCGUCGCGCCCCAAGGAUAUAAGAAAAGUUCCGGGCAGACGACGAGCCAACUCGAGGACGCACCACGUCGGCAGAGAUGGUGGACAACAAACCUCUUCUUCAGGACAGACCUCCCGCCUACGCCAGCGUCCCGGGGGCGUAUGAGUACGGCCCCCCGCCGCAGCCCGGCUACGGGGCCAUCCCCUCGCCGGCCCCGCCGCCGCCGCCGCCCUACCCGUACCCCGAUGGCAGAGGCAUCCCACCCGCCCACAUGAACCCUGCCAUAGCUCAGCAGCCCUACGCUGGGACUUACACCAUCAUACAACCGUCUGUAGUGGUGGUAGGGGGCUGCCCGGCCUGCAGAGUUGGUGUCCUGGAGGAUGACUUCACUUGCCUGGGGAUCAUGUGCGCCAUCUUCUUCUUCCCCUUUGGUCUCCUUUUCUGCUUCGCACUGCGUCAGAGAAGGUGUCCCAACUGCGGCGCCACCUUCGGCUAGAGGGACCAAACUGCAGCUUGUGCACCUGCCGGUGCUCCCAUACACACACACACACACACACAUAAUCCAGCGUUUGUCUUUUUAUUUUGUUAUCUUUUCUUAAUAUUGCACAUUGCUGUUGCCAUUAUGUUAUGCUCAACAAAUUAUCAAGAUGAUACCGUGAAUUAUGUUUUAUUCGAGGCACGCGUGGAAGUCUAUUUUCAUCUGCCAGUUGAGGAUAUAUUCUCGCAUAAUGAGUGUCCAGCUGUUGUCAGUGCCUUCACUACAUGCUGAGUGAUCAGAGAUUCCAUCAGUCAUGAUUUCUCCUGUAGAUUUAUCUGUUAUCCGAGGAUCGGAGCAGAUUCCUUUGUUAUUUUCCAAGCCAAAAUGAACGAAAACACGUGCGUACCUUUUUUCCCGUUCUUCCUUUUUGCGCACGGCAUAGAAUGCUUUGCUUUUUCAAGAAAGGUAAAUUUUUUUUUUCCCCGAUGUUCGUUUUUGGCUGUCAAAUGAAAAAAAAAAAAGCAUACAACUUCAUCCAAACGAUGUAAAGUGUCCCGUCUGAGACGAUGGACUCGUUUCAGACAAAGCCUGCACCAUUGUGUCUGUUUUUGUCGAUUCUAUUUCUUGGGGCCAUAUUUGCACUGAUAGUUUUUGACUAUUCUGCUGGGUUGUGCUUUUCCAGGGCCAAUGCAGACCUCAGGUACACACAAUCUGAAACGCCCUCGACUUUACAACCUCAAUCAGUUUGACUUCGGGGACUCUUGUGUCAAAGCACAGACUCCUCCUUUAAUCUGCAGAGUUUCACUUCGAUGAAGCAUGCGCAGUCAAAAAUGAAAAAAUCUGUGUAUACCUUCUGGAAUUUUAUCUUAGUGCUCUGACAAGUCACCCUGCCCCAUUCCUCCCAACCUGACAAUCAAGUGAGAUGGUCUUUGUCCCCGUGUCUCCGUGUCCACGUCUUCCAUCUCAGCCAGAUGUUAUAUAACGGUCCUUGGCAGAAGAGAGAGAACCGGGUGGAAGUGAUUUUUAAGAAAAUCUUGCUUUAGAAAACACUACGCACGCUCUUAUGAUUGAGGUUCUUACUUUUUAUAAAUCGGUUACUGUAAUUAAAAAUGAAUGCUACUUA